AUGUCUGACGCCGAUAUUGAAGCCGUUCGAAAGCUCCAAGCAGAGCGCAAUGCUGCUGCUGCAGGCAAAAAAGGUUCUAGGACCUUUGAUUCGUCUAGUCAGCGAACUGACAAUUCGACCAAGGCCUCCCUUACCGAAUCCUUCGAUACCACUUUGUACGAGCGGGACGGUGCAGACAGGUUCUCAGGCUACGACACCUCUAUUGCCGUAAAUGGUGAUGAUGAAGAGAUGGAAGACGCGAACGGCGGCCACAACUUGGUCGGCCAAUACACAGCAACCCGAAGUCAGAUCGAUGAGAUGGCUCACGGCAAUGGAGUCGAGGAGGAGGAUAUCUUGUUAGGCCGUGAGAAGGCUGCACGCAUCGCUGACCGGGAAACUGACUACCAGAAGCGUCGAUUCGACCGCGGUAAUCUAACACCGACGCGCGCCGACCCUUUUGCUGCCAGCACCGACGGGGAAGGCCAGACCUACCGUGAGGUCAUGGCCCUUCGCGAACUCGAAAAGGAAGAAGAGCGUGUUCAAAAGCUACUUGCAGAGAAGCGCGCGAAUGGAGAACUUGAUGUUCCUGAGCACCAGGCUUCUCUCAAGAUGGUCGAGGGCGAUAAGGAGAAUGCAAAGGCCGAAGCGCCCGGCAGAAAGCGCAAGAAGCGUUGGGACGUCGCCACAGAGGCCAAUGGGGAAGCACAAGCUGAUGAUUCUGCGGAAGCAAAGACCAAGAGGUCUCGGUGGGACCAAACCCCUGCUCCUGGUGCUCCGGAGGAAGCGCCCAAGCGCCGCUCGCGAUGGGAUCAAGCACCCUCCCUCACAGAUGCCACUCCUGUUGGCAACCAAGGGCUUGCUACCCCCAUGCAUCCGUCACAAGGUGGUGCUUUGGCACCAACCAGCUUUGGCACUGAUCUCUCUGGUCGGAGCGCCGCGUGGUCGGAUGAAGAACUCGACAUGAUGCUACCCUCAGAGGGCUAUAAGAUUCUGGACCCUCCUCCUGGAUACGAACCGAUCAGACACCCGGCCCGCAAAAUGAUGGCUACACCGGCACCUAUGGCCGGCACCGUUGGCGGAUUUAUGAUGCAAGAGCCUGAGAGUGUUCGUUCAAUGGGAAAGGAACUUCCGACUGAUAUUCCCGGCGUGGGUGAUUUGCAAUUCUUUAAGCCGGAGGAUAUGGCCUACUUCGGAAAGCUCAUGGAGGCUGGAGAUGACAGCUCAAUGAGCGUGGAGGAACUAAAGGAGAGGAAGAUCAUGCGAUUGCUACUCAAGGUCAAGAAUGGCACACCACCUAUGCGAAAGACUGCGCUGCGUCAACUGACAGAUAAUGCGCGAAACUUUGGAGCUGGUGCCCUAUUCAACCAGAUUCUUCCAUUGCUUAUGGAGAAGUCCUUGGAAGACCAAGAACGUCACUUGCUUGUCAAGGUUAUUGAUCGAGUGCUCUACAAGCUGGAUGAUUUGGUCCGACCUUAUGUUCACAAGAUCCUUGUCGUCAUUGAACCAUUGCUCAUUGAUCAAGACUACUAUGCUCGUGUCGAGGGUCGGGAAAUUAUCUCUAACCUUGCCAAGGCUGCUGGUCUCGCCACUAUGAUCAGUACCAUGCGUCCUGAUAUCGAUCACGUCGACGAGUAUGUACGAAACACUACCGCCCGCGCAUUCGCUGUCGUAGCUUCUGCCCUUGGAAUUCCCGCCCUUCUCCCAUUCCUUCGCGCCGUCUGUCGCAGCAAAAAGUCCUGGCAGGCCAGGCACACCGGUGUGAAGAUCGUGCAGCAGAUUCCCAUCCUGAUGGGCUGCGCAAUUCUUCCCCAUCUGAAGGGCCUUGUGGAGUGUAUUUCGGAUAACCUCAGCGAUGAACAAGCCAAGGUCAGAACAGUCACCGCAUUGGCUGUUGCUGCUUUGGCUGAAGCUGCGAACCCUUAUGGUAUCGAAAGCUUUGACGAGAUCCUGAACCCUCUCUGGACUGGCGCGCGCAAGCAGCGUGGUAAGGGCCUGGCCGCCUUCCUCAAAGCGGUUGGGUAUAUCAUCCCUCUCAUGGAUGAAGAAUAUAGCAAUUACUACUGUUCUCAGAUCAUGGAGAUUCUUAUCCGCGAGUUCUCGUCACCAGAUGAGGAAAUGAAGAAGGUGGUCUUGAAGGUGAUAUCUCAAUGCGCUAGCACAGACGGUGUCACUGCCGGUUAUCUCAAGGAACAUGUCUUGACCGACUUCUUCAAGAGCUUCUGGGUGAGACGUAUGGCCCUCGACCGUCGGAACUAUCGUCAGGUGGUAGACACCACCGUCGACCUGGGCCAAAAGGUCGGCGUUGGCGAGAUCCUCGAGCGGGUUGUGAAUAAUCUCAAAGAUGAGAGCGAGCCUUACCGUAAGAUGACCGUGGAGACUAUCGAAAAGCUGAUUGCCUCUUUGGGCGCUGCCGACAUUUCUGAGCGAUUGGAGGAGAGACUCAUCGACGGUGUACUAUAUGCGUUCCAGGAACAGAGCAUCGAGGACAUUGUUAUUCUGAACGGAUUUGGCACAGUGGUGAAUGCCCUCGGUACUCGUUGCAAGCCAUAUCUCCCCCAGAUUGUCAGUACCAUUCUCUGGCGACUGAACAAUAAAUCGGCCACCGUCCGACAGCAGGCGGCAGAUCUCAUCUCGCGCGUUGCAAUGGUCAUGAAGCAGUGCGGUGAAGACGCUCUCAUGGGCAAGCUUGGCAUUGUGCUCUACGAAUACCUGGGUGAAGAAUACCCGGAGGUUCUAGGCUCCAUCUUGGGUGCUUUACGUUCUAUUGUGACUGUGGUCGGUAUCAACCAGAUGCAGCCUCCAAUUCGUGACCUCCUCCCCCGCCUGACACCCAUUCUUCGUAACCGCCACGAGAAAGUGCAAGAGAACACCAUCGACCUCGUCGGUCGUAUUGCCGACCGUGGCCCCGAGUCUGUCAACGCUCGGGAAUGGAUGCGAAUCUGCUUCGAGCUGCUGGAUAUGCUCAAGGCUCACAAGAAGGGUAUCCGUCGUGCGGCCAACAACACCUUCGGUUUCAUCGCAAAGGCCAUUGGUCCCCAGGAUGUCCUGGCUACUCUCUUGAACAAUCUCCGAGUGCAGGAGCGUCAGUCCCGUGUGUGUACCGCUGUCGCGAUUGGUAUCGUUGCUGAAACCUGUGCUCCUUUCACUGUGCUCCCCGCUCUGAUGAACGAGUACCGUGUCCCUGAACUUAACGUGCAGAAUGGUGUUCUCAAGGCCAUGUCCUUCUUGUUCGAGUACAUCGGCGAGAUGGCCAAGGACUACGUCUACGCUGUCACUCCCUUGCUCGAGGAUGCUCUCGUCGACCGAGAUCAGGUUCACCGACAGACGGCUGCCAGCGUGGUCAAGCACAUUGCUCUGGGCGUCGUUGGUCUUGGCUGUGAGGAUGCUAUGGUCCACCUACUCAACCUUGUCUUCCCGAACAUCUUUGAGACGAGCCCACACGUUAUCGACCGAAUCAUCGAAGCCAUCGAUGCGAUCCGUAUGGCCGUUGGUGCUGGUACUGUGAUGAACUACGUCUGGGCUGGCUUGUUCCACCCUGCUCGCAAGGUUCGCGUGCCAUACUGGCGGUUGUACAACGAUUCAUAUGUGCAGGCCGCUGAUGCGAUGGUUCCGUACUAUCCCAAUGUGGAGGAUGAUGGCAUGGACCGACCGGAGUUGUUUAUCAUCGUCUAA